AUGUCUAACGAAUCGUCUGAUGAUAAUCAUCAUUCAAAAACAAAGAUAAUAUAUGUAUUAGCUGCUCUUCUGGGAGUAUUCCUUAUAUUGACCAUUGUAUUUGCUGCUUUGUAUGGAGUUGAAAGGAAUAAAACAUCGACAUCGGAACAGACACCGACACCGACACCAGGACUGACAUCGGGACCGACACCAACUACGGAUACCACAGUCAAUAGUGAUUUAUGUGUAACUCCAUAUUGUAUUAAAGCUGCAAAUUAUUUACUCGAAAGUAUUGAUAAAACUGCUGAACCAUGUGAAAAUUUCUUUGAAUUUGCUUGUGGAACAUGGUUAAAGAAAAAUCGAAUACCUGAUGAUGCUGGAUCUCAAGAUACAAUUAAUCUUCUACGAAAUCAAUUAGAUAGUGAUAUUGUUGGUAAGUAUAAAUGA